AUGGUGCUCAAGGUGGUGGAGCACGGUGUCCACAAGGACAUCCCCAUCGCCGAAGGAGAAUUCUUCCUGCUGCCUCCGCGUGUUCCCCACUCGCCUCAGCGGUUUGAGAACACCAUCGGACUUGUGGUGGAGCGCGAGCGCGACCCUGAGAGUGAACUUGAUUGCAUGCGCUGGCAACUGAAGCUCGGCAAAGUGGACGUGGUGGAGGGCGUCGGCGGCUGA